ACUCGCAGCGCUGCAGGCCGCGCCCCAGGCACAGGAACGCGCUCCGUCGCACAACGCUGGGCGAGAGUGGGCCGCGGACAUUGGCGUGGGCAGUGGAGAGGAGGGGGAAUUGGAGGGCCAUCGCACUGCGUGCUGCUGCCCUGGUCUCGGGCGCGACCGUGGAGGUGCGGUGGUUAUUCGCGGACGGUGACACAACAGACGGCAGCACAGCGUAAUCUCUGCGCACGCGUGAUCCAGCACUUCUGCGCACGCACUGGAGCAAGCAGGACACCGACACCGACGGACAGGCACAGCAGCAACGUGGCUCGCACCUGCUCCAGGGACGUGCACGCCGUGCUGGCAGCUUCGCGCAGCGCGCGCUGCAAUUAAUACCCAGCAUGUCGCCGGAUCCCGACGAUGUCUCUUCUCCAGAACCUGGCGUCGAGCAGGAAGAUCACACCACAAUGGGCGACGACGACAAAACUGCCCAGCGCGCCUCGACCGACGAGAAGUCGCCUGCCCAGACCACGACCACCACUUCGACCUCCAAGAGCAAUGCAAAGGAUCCUUCGCGGCCGAGGCGUAAGAAGGCUCGCCGAGCUUGCUUUGCUUGUCAACGAGCGCACCUGACAUGCGGUGACGAACGCCCAUGUCUCAGGUGCAUCAAGCGUGGCCUUCAGGAUCAAUGCCAUGAUGGCGUCCGCAAGAAGGCAAAGUACCUCCACGAUGCUCCUCCAGAGGCCCUGGUGCCUGGCUACGCAACCAACAAUUAUGCUAUGAACGGGACGACCAGCCUGGCCGCAAUCUCUGGGACCUCCACAGCUGGCAACUACUUCCCUCCAAAUGCGUCGGCAAGCUUUUCGUCCUUCAGCAACCCUGGCCAACAACCAAACAUGGGCCCGCCAAUCAUGGAUGGCAACAACAUGGUCGCAGACUUUGCGUCAACGCAGUCUGCAGAAACACCUGCCCAGUACCCAUCGACCUCCAGUCAGCAAGUGUCUCCUAAUCAGGAGUUUACAAACGCGCUUGAACAUACGCCGUCCAUUGGAACUACGGCGAAUUUCGAUACUCCCUAUUUCGAUGCCAAUGAUACUUCUCUGUUCAACUUUAACAUUUCGGAAUUGAACUUUGGCAACCACUACGGUGCUCUCGAAUUUGGCAUGCUUGGCCACAUUUCUUCCGGUGCAGUCGACACUCCAGAGGUCGACUCGGUGAAUCAGAUGGGCCACUCAAAUCAAGGCAGCGUAUCCUACGAUGCUAACAAUGGCUAUCAGAGUGGAUACAACUACAACCAGGGAUUUCCAUCAUGGCAGAAUGCAGGCUCUGCAUCGAGGCACAGCAGCACGAAUAACAUCUGGAAUGGCCAAAAUAAUGGACUGGAAGCCUACGCGAUUGGCGAACAGGCGUCCUCGAUCACAGGCGCAAGUCCGCGCUCGCAGAACCAAGACCUCACAGGAUAUCAAUCUGCCACGAUGUCACCGGAAACGCAUUUUGCUCAGCCCGACCAAAGUGCUCAGCCUGAUCUGCUACGGCAGAGUUUAUCUCAAUCACAACGCAAACCACCUCCGUUCCCGGGUGAUCUACAGCCAGAAACGGACCGCAAGCGACGCAGGAACACGUCGGAAGUCUAUUCAACCGUGCAGGCGCCGUAUCCAUAUACUCAGGGCUUUCAUGCAUUGACGGCACUCCUCAAGAAACGUUUCGUGCCCAAGAAAGUUUUGCACAUUGCGAAAGCAUUGGCAACCAUCCGGCCCUCAUUCAUCUCUUGUAACCAACAUCUCGAUCAUGACGACCUCAUAUUCAUGGAGAAGUGCUUUCAGCGCACCCUCUGCGAGUAUGAAAACUUCAUCAACGCAUACGGCACUCCGACUGUGAUAUGCAGGAGAACUGGUGAGAUCGCAGCCGUUAGCAAGGAAUUCUGCCUAGUCACCGGUUGGCGCCGAGAUGUAUUGCUGGGCAAAGAGCCCAACCUUAACGUCAACACUGGCGGCGUGGCGACCUCAGGGACGCAGACCGGAAGCAGUUCACGGGGAGCGGUAACUCCACGAAUGACUAAUGUUGAGAUCGAUUCUGGCAGACCCCAGCCGGUGUUCCUUGCUGAGCUGAUGGACGAGGAUAGCGUGGUGCAGUUCUACGAAGAUUUCGCGGAGCUAGCGUUCGGCGCGUCGAAGACUGCCAUUAUUGGAGCGCCAUGUGCGCUUCUCAAAUACCGGACUAAGGACGACCCCGGGUGGGGCCCCAAUGAUCAUCUCGCUGACGACGGCAAGCGCAUCAAAAAGCACGGGGACGUCAAGACAGAAGCUCUGAUCAAAGGCGAAGCAGGCAUGCACGCUUUGGGCGAACGAGAUGGCAAAGUCCCAUGCCAAAUGUGCUGGACCGUGAAGAGGGACGUCUUCGACAUCCCCAUGUGCAUUGUGAUGAAUUUCCUCCCCAUAAUAUGAUGAGGCGUGGCAUUGCUGGCAGACCAACGCGGGGGCCCCGGCGGCCUAGCCUCAAUGAUGACCAGUACAUUUGGGAUACGGCCUGACGAAACAUAACGGAUGGCGGAUAAUCUGCAAACGAAGGACAUUAAUGCUAAAGACGUCAAUUACACAAUUAGUACCGGUCAGCUGGGCUACACGGCUCGGACGCUGACACAGCGACGUUCACAUCUAGGGUCACGAGCAACGAAUACAACUCCGCGAGCAAGGCAUAUGGGGCGGUCGUGCUUGCUGUAGAUUAUUGCACCACAU